CCUCUCGUCCUGAAAACUCGUCGGCGCCAUGUCGUCCAGCAUCGAGCUCAUCAAUCCGAAGGCGGAGAGUGUCCGGAGAGCCGCAGCGUUGCAGGUCAACACGACCGGCGCGAUGGGUCUCGCGAGCGUCGUGAAAGGCAAUCUUGGUCCUCGUGGUACCCUGAAGAUGCUUGUGGAUGGCUCGGGCCAGAUUAAGAUGACGAAGGACGGAAAGGUUCUUCUCUCCGAGAUGCAGAUUCAAAAUCCUACGGCUGCUAUGAUCGCGCGGACGGCCGUCGCCCAGGAUGACCAAGUCGGCGAUGGAACCACAUCAGUUGUGCUCCUUGUCGGAGAGUUGCUUAAACAGGCAGACCGGUUUAUCUCGGAGGGUGUACAUCCAACUGUCAUCGCAGAGGGUUUUGACUUGGCGAAGAAGGAAGCUCUUGCGUUCCUGGAGACGUUCAAGCGACCUUCACAAGCGGAUCGUGCAACCCUGAUCAACGUAGCCCACACCUCUCUUGCGACCAAGGUUAACUCUGCUCUCGCGAAAACUCUCGCAGCAGCAAUUGUAGAUGCAGUCUUGACGAUCCGCCCGCCAGCUCCAUCAUCGGACUCUCCCAACCAAUUCCAGGAGCCCAUCGACUUGCACAUGGUGGAGAUCAUGAAGAUGCAGCACAGAACAGCAUCGGAGACGCAGCUUGUCCGUGGCUUGGUUCUUGAUCACGGUGCACGUCACCCAGACAUGCCCAAGCGCGUCGAGAACGCGUACAUCCUCACGCUCAACGUCAGCCUGGAAUACGAAAAGACCGAGGUGAACUCUGGCUUCUUCUACUCCUCUGCAGAGCAGCGAGAAAAGCUUGUCGAGUCAGAGCGACGGUUCACAGAUGCAAAAUGCAAGAAGAUCGUCGAGCUGAAGAAUCUCGUGUGUGACCAGGCCGUCGAUUCCAAUGAGAAAAAGAAGAAUUUCGUCAUCAUCAACCAAAAGGGUAUUGAUCCCCUCAGUCUCGAUAUUUUGGCAAAGAAUGGUAUCUUCGCUCUCCGGCGCGCCAAGCGGCGCAACAUGGAGCGCCUACAACUCGUCUGCGGCGGCGUCGCGCAGAACUCCGUGGACGACCUCACACCCGACGUCCUCGGCUGGGCCGGCCUCGUCUACGAGCACACCCUCGGCGAGGAUAAGUUCACCUUUGUCGAGGAUGUCAAGGAACCCAAGUCCGUCACGCUCCUCAUCAAGGGCCCGAACCCACACACGAUCCAGCAGACGCAGGACGCCCUCCGCGAUGGGCUACGUGCGGUCAAGAACGCGAUCGAGGAUGGCGCGCUCGUGCCGGGUGCAGGCGCGUUUGAGGUCGCGUGCGCGGCGCACUUGACGGGUCCUGUGAAGAAGGCUGCGAAGGGACGUACGAAGAUGGGCGUGCAGGCGUUUGCGGAGGCGUUGCUCAUCAUUCCGAAGACACUCGCGGCGAAUGGUGGCUUCGAUGUACAAGAUGUGGUUGUUGCCUUGCAGGAGGAACAAGCGGAAGGCAAUGCCGUCGGUCUCGAUCUGGAGUCCGGCGAGCCGAUCGAUCCUACCGUCGAGGGUAUCUGGGACAACUACCGGGUCAAGCGGCAGAUGCUGCACUCUUGCUCCGUCAUCGCUGUCAACUUACUCUCGACGGACGAAAUCUUGCGCGCGGGGCGUAGUUCGCUGAAACCAGAAGGACAGCAGUAGAAUCAACACAUGUAUCAUAAUAACCUGUUCGCUAAUGCUGACGUUCAUGGGGGUAUACACGCGAUAAU